UCCUCCCACAUUGUGUAGGCACUGGCCGUGCGAGCUAGGAAUAGCUGUCGCCGCCUCCCGUUGCGAUUGCAAACUUGACGAGGGAGAUAUGGGGGCACGCUGUGCUCCGUUGUUCCUCCUGUUCUUUGGCACGUUGCUGGUGCUGCCGCAUUUGUCACGCGGCGCGACGAGAUACUACACCUUCAAUGUGACGCUGACGAACGUGACGCGGCUGUGCAACACCCGCGCCAUCCCGACGGUGAACGGCAAGUUCCCCGGCCCCAAGAUAGUCACCAGGGAGGGGGACCGUGUCGUCGUCAAGGUGGUUAACAAUGUCAAGGACAACGUGACUAUCCACUGGCACGGCGUUCGGCAGCUGCGGACGGGGUGGUCGGACGGGCCGGCGUACGUGACGCAGUGCCCGAUCCGGACGGGGCAGAGCUACGUGUACAACUUCACCAUCACGGGGCAGAGGGGCACCCUGUUCUGGCACGCGCACGUCUCCUGGAUGCGCGCCACGCUCUACGGACCCAUCGUCAUCCUCCCCAAGCGCGGCGUGCCCUAUCCAUUCCCCAAGCCCUACAAGGAAGUACCCAUCAUCUUCGGAGAGUGGUUUAACGCGGAUCCCGAGGCAAUCGUCGCGCAGGCGCUUCAGACUGGGGCAGGCCCAAAUGUCUCAGAUGCCUUCACCAUCAACGGGCUUCCAGGCCCGUUGUACAACUGCUCAAGCGAAGACACGUUCAAGCUGAAGGUGCAGCCCGGCAAGUGGUACCUGCUCCGGCUCAUCAACGCUGCGCUCAACGACGAGCUCUUCUUCUCCAUCGCCAACCACACGCUCACCGUCGUCGACGUCGACGCCGCCUACGUCAAGCCGUUCGACACGGACAUAGUGCUGAUCACACCAGGCCAGACAACCAACGUCCUCCUCCGCGCCAAGCCGGACGAGGGCUGCCCCGCGGCCACGCACCUCAUGCUGGCGCGCCCCUACGCCACAGCCGCCCCGGGCACCUUCGACAACACCACCGUCGCGGCCGUCCUCGAGUACGCGCCGCCGGGACACAUCAAGAGCCUCCCGCUCUUCCGGCCAUCGCUGCCUGCGCUCAACGACACGGCCUUCGCAGCCAACUACAGCGCCAAGCUCCGGAGCCUUGCCAGCCCGGACUACCCGGCCAACGUGCCCCGGCGCGUGGACCGAUCCUUCUUCUUCACCGUGGGGCUCGGCACGACCCCGUGCCCCGCGAACCAGACGUGCCAGGGCCCCAACGGCACCAAGUUCUCUGCGUCCAUGAACAACGUGUCCUUCGACAUGCCCACCACGGCGCUCCUGCAGGCGCAUUACAACAACAUCCCCGGCGUGUACACGACCGACUUCCCCGUCGUGCCGCUGGAGCCGUUCAACUACACGGGCACGCCGCCCAACAACACAAACGUAUCGAACGGGACCAAGGUGGUGGUGCUGACGUAUAACACGAGCGUGGAGGUGGUGAUGCAGGACACGAGCAUCCAGGGCGCCGAGAGCCACCCUCUGCACCUGCACGGCUUCGACUUCUUCGUGGUGGGGCAAGGCGUCGGAAACUACGAUCCGUCAAAGGACCCAGCCAAGUUCAACCUGGCCGACCCGGUGCAGAGGAACACCGUCGGCGUGCCGGCCGGCGGCUGGGUCGCUAUCAGGUUCUUCGCGGAUAAUCCCGGUGUUUGGUUCAUGCAUUGCCACCUGGAGGUGCACACGAGCUGGGGGUUGAAGAUGGCGUGGGUGGUCAACGAUGGUCCGUUGCCUGACCAGAAGUUGAUGCCUCCGCCGUCCGAUCUUCCCAAGUGUUGAAGAUCGAUCAGCCGUUGACAUUGACCAAGAUUGUGAUUCGUUUCUCUCGUCUGAUUUGCAUACACUUGUCAGUUGAUAUCAUUGUCGUACGUAGCGUACACAAAGGUUAAAGAGGCUUGCAUUUUUUUAAUAUUUUUUUUCCAUUCUUCCAAAGGUUCAACAAGGAUGUGUUAUUGUAAGAGGAUAUCGUUGUUUUACUUCGCUUUCUUCA